UUGACACGAUGUCUGCUGAAGCAGCCUCUAUUGAUGCUCCUCCUCAGAAAAACACCUACAAGUUCGAUGUCAAGAUGUCGUGCUCGGGCUGCUCUGGAGCGGUGACAAGAGCGCUUUCUAAGAAAGAAGGCAUCGACACAUUCAAUGUGAGCCUCGAUAAACAGGAAGUCCGUGUCACGAGUGGUCUUCCCUACGACGAUGUCCUAGACACGAUAAAGAAGACUGGAAAGGAAGUCCUCUCCGGCAGUGUUGUCGCCGAAUGAUUCGAAGCACUGUAAUCGACAUCGGUAUAGUGUUUCGGGUAUGCGAACUCCUUGUUGUACCAAUUACUUAGCCAAAUGGAAGUUGCCUAUUACUAAUUCUCACUCAUGCGGCGAUCGGGUCAUUGUCUCGCCAAACCCCCUGAGAGGCGAUUGCGAACGGAUCAAGGUGUCGCCGGGACUUCCCGGGCCCGGGCCCUUGACGCUGAGCUAGCAGGUGUUCUGUCUAUGUUUCUGUGGUUGUGCAUAUGUUCAAUUAGACAUCGUGUCGUGGCGCCAGAAAGGAUGCUUCGGAGGCUAGUCGUCCAAAGAACACAGCCUCACACCCUGUCUUUGUCAUGGGUCCACGAUUAGUUGAAUGGCGUCGGUGGAGGAGGUGCCGGUUCCCACAAAGCAUGCCCUCCACUUACAUACAUAAGUACUUGGCAGAGCAUAAACCAAAAAUGCACAAUAAAUGUUUGGCGGGCAG